AUGCCUCCUGCAAAGUCUGUCUCCUUCGAGCUCCUGCUGGACGAAGGCUCUAAAACCAGGGCGAGGAUUCCACUACGCAUUGUGCUCAACAUGCAUGAUAGCACCGAGUCCAUCAUAACAACAGUCAAGAACUUCUACGGCAUAUACGAUGGAAACGGAGUGAGUUUCGAAGAUGCCUGGGGUAACACUCUCAUUGCCUCCUAUGACAAUCUCGUCCAUAAUUCUACUGUCUAUAUGCGCAUUGUGCCAGCUCCCCAGACUGCGUCUAAUCCAUACCCACACGCCGUCCACAACGGCGAGAACGGCUAUGAACCUCGACGCCGACCCAGUUUGGGCGAGCCCUUUCAGAUGUUGCCACCUCACAUGCGCGAGCAAUCCCACUCGCCUUCGAGGCCUGCGUCCAGGGUUGCUCGUAAGCGGAGCGUUUCUCCAACGCAAGGGCGCGGCCGUCGAAGUGCGUCGCAGCAGAAAGCAUCGUCUUAUGCGGUUGUCAGCCGGGCCUCAAGUGCCACGGGAAGCUUUCAUGACGAGAACGGAUAUAGCGACAGUGAAGCUGGGCGCAGCUCAAUCUCUGGAUCCAAGAAAGCUCGAAGCGAGCAAUUUGCUAGCUCCGACAUCAGUACCGCCAAUGUCCUUCAAGAUGGGCGCCGUGGACAGCCCAUCUUUGACAGUUCGACUCUUCCUCUUUUCGUCCCUCCUCAGGUCCCGGUGACUGCAUCCCAGUCUUCCAUCUCACCUCAACGACGUUCACUCCCCCAGGAAGGCCCUUCACCCUUGCAUCCUGCAAGUCAAAAAAUAUACGGGCUGCAAAAUGUCCCUAUACUCUCUCCACAAAGUUACGGACCCAGUUCCCAUGUGUUUGGUAGCGGCGAUCAAGGAGCAGGCGUUGAUAUGGCAACACCUGUACCCCAACAUGGUCACCGACUACGUGACAGAUCCAGCAUGCAGCAGUCAUAUAUUGGGCGACAAGGAUAUAACGGGAACGGGAUCCUACCGACACCAGAUCCCACAGUAGCAAGUUGUAUUUCAGAUGAAGACGUGGCCCGUACCCUGAUUGCUCUGGGUGAUGCCUCCAACUACUCUCAUGGGCGCACCUCUAAUUCGACCAUGGAUGAGACUUUUAGUGGUGUUGCGGAUGCGGCUUCAUCGACUGGUGCAACAAGUGACAGUGACGAAUACAGUGAUGCAGAAGGCGGGCUCCCCAAACACAGAAAGUAUCUUGAUGACGAGGACGAGGAAUAUGCUCACGACAGCAUAAGGGGCGAUCAUGAGGAUUACGAGGGUCAGCCCAAAACCAAGAAAAUCAAGACGAAAAUGCAUGACGGCCCAUCCAAUGGGUAUCGGUCCAAGUCGGCUGGGUUAAUGAAGCAGGGGAAAUUACCCAAGGCUAGGCCAAACGGUCCUCCAAAGAUUGUCAAACAUUCGACACAACCUGGGCUUAUGAAGGCACCGUCCGCACCGGCGUCUGCCGGACAGGUCAGGAAGUCGUCUGGUUCAAGCCUCAACUUUCAACACCAACUCGCCGCGGAUGAGGAAGAUCUGUCUUCCAAACCCCGUUGUCAGCGAUGUCGAAAGAGUAAGAAAGGCUGCGACCGCCAGCGCCCUUGCGGGCGUUGCAAGGAUGCUGGCAUUGGCAUCGACGGAUGCAUCAGCGAAGACGAAGGAAAUGGCCGAAAAGGUCGAUAUGGCAGGCAUAUGGGGGUUCCGGUGAAGAAGCUCGCCGAGGACCUUCUGACAGAGCAAUCUGAUUCUGUCGCCGGCGCAGCCGAUGGGUUGAUGGACUCAAUUGGGACAUACGGGAGUCCUGACAAGAACAAGAAGAGGAAAAGGUGA